AUAGGGGGAUUAAAUAUGUCACUGCCUUUGCCCCUUAUAAAUCCCCCCGCCACUCUAUAAACAGGUUGGGGGGGAAGUAUCCACAGCAGUUGGGAGUUUGGAGCAGUCACUCUGUCCGUGACUUUUUUGGGUUGUUUUUUAAACGUUUAGUUUUUUUCUUUGUAGGUUUACAUUUUUGUUACAUUUUUUGUAUUGUUCUAAUCUUUAAAGUAACAUUCAAAUUUUUUUGUAUAGUUUUGGAGGGGUCAUCCAUAAAAAGUUGGGGUAUCUCCCACCAACUCUGUAAAAUUUCCCUUACCCCAAUUUCUCUGUCCCUGCUCCUUACACACAACCCGCAAUCAUGUGGGAAUUCCGCUCCUUCUCCUUUUGGAGAGCGGUUUUUGCUGAGUUCUUUGCUACCAUGUUCUAUGUUUUCUUUGGCUUAGGUGCAUCUCUAAAAUGGGCCGCUGGACCAGCUAAUGUUUUGCUUAUAGCAUUAGCAUUUGGUCUCGUUCUGGCCACUAUGGUCCAAUCUGUUGGCCAUGUUAGCGGUGCUCAUAUUAACCCAGCUGUCACCUUUGCCUUUCUCAUCGGCUCACAGAUGUCCCUCUUCCGUGCCAUUUUUUACAUUGCAGCACAACUGCUGGGAGCGGUGGCGGGAGCUGCCGUCCUGUAUGGUGUCACUCCUGCGGCAAUCCGUGGCAACAUGGCUCUGAACACGCUUCAUCCUGGUGUGAGCCUUGGUCAGGCAACAACAGUAGAGAUUUUCCUCACCCUGCAGUUUGUGCUUUGUAUUUUUGCCACCUAUGAUGAGAGGAGGAAUGGACGCCUGGGCUCUGUAUCUUUGGCUAUUGGAUUCUCACUCACCUUGGGGCACUUGUUUGGGCUUUACUAUACUGGAGCCGGUAUGAAUCCUGCAAGAUCAUUUGCCCCAGCUGUACUCACUAGAAACUUUACCAACCACUGGGUCUACUGGGUUGGUCCCAUCAUUGGUGGAGCACUUGGAGGUCUAGUGUACGACUUUAUUCUCUUUCCAAGAAUGAGAGGGCUUUCUGAAAGACUUUCAAUCCUUAAAGGAGCAAGGCCUGCUGAGCCUGAAGGCCAGCAAGAAGCAACGGGCGAGCCUAUAGAGCUAAAAACACAAUCCCUAUAAAUAAAAACUGCACAGUUACAUAGCAGCACACAAGCAACCAUACAUGCACACAAUUUGGGCAUAGUUAGCGUAAUAUCCGUCAUGGGAAGUGUGUUGGGGGGUCGGGGUAAACUUUGAAAGAUGUUUCUUUUCUUACCAGGCUGUGGGUAUUGUGUUAAAGUAGGAUCAGGAAGGAACAGUUAAUGUGCUUGACUUUCUCACAGAAGUGGAGAUGGAGGCAAAGAAAGUGGGGUUGUUUGAAGGGGCCAUACAACUCAGGGGCAAUUCAUAUAGCAUUUAUAUCCCACAGAAGGAUGUUUAUUGCUUGAACCAUAGGGAUCAAUACUCCCUGCCAGACAAAAAAAAUAGCACCUAGGGAAACAUUGCUUAGUAAUGCCUCCCCUAAGUGUCAGCAAUUGAUAUCUAAUUAGCAUCAGCCAAAGGUCCCCAUCAAACUUCCCACCCACCUUCCUAACUACGCCUCUGAUGCUGCUGUACAUCUCAGACAAAUUAUUUUCUUUAUACUGCGUUUUACUUUUUGCUGGUUUAAGGAAAUGUUUUCUUUUUGUGUUUUUUAAGAGGGUGGAGGAAAAUAUGGGCCAAAACCUCUUUUAUUUUACAUUAAAACAUUCUGUAGACAUCCUGUAACAGUGGAGGUGUUUCCCACAUAACUUAUACUUAUUAUAUCCCUCUGUGUGGAAUUGUUUGCCCUGUAGUCUUAAAGAAAACCUUAGUGCUUUUCAGACAAAAUGCCAUUAAUUGGCAGCUUGCAAGCAUGUUUAUUACUCCUUUUUCAAAUAUUUUAGAUCACAUUGGGUUAAAAACCAACAAUUUGGCUGAAAGGAAGAUACACUACUUUGUAUAUCAAAAUCCUCAUAACAGUGAACAACAAGCUUCCCUUUGUCGGACUGGAAACGUUUUGUUGAUUGUCCUAGUUUCCUAAAAGCCCUUUAAAACUCUGUCUUUCUGAUACAGUUAUCUUAUAAGAAAUUUCCCAAUGCUGAUGUUUUCAGCAUCGAGAAUUCAGCUUCAUGAGGACAUUAAUGAGUUAAAGAUGUGUUUAAUUAUACUUGAUUAAUAUAAUUAAUAAUUCUUGGUUUGAUUCUGAACGAAAAAAAAUCUUUCGGUAAGUAGGUGUGUCUUUUAAAAACUGAAUUUCACUCUAGAUAUUUCUAUGAUUAAGCUAGAUUUUGUUUAGGUCUGAUCACAUCAUUAUACGACCUUUUCUAGCCAAGAAUUCUAUUUUGUGGUAUAUAUCUCUUCAUCUUAAACACCCUGACCAUUGUCUACAUCUCUGUAAAUGGCAUAACUGUUUAGUGCAUGUAAAAAUAACAAAUGGUACUCCUGUUUUAAAGAUUAUAUGCCUGGGACUUUAUGUCAUUGAGUGGGAAUCUUGCUGAAAUAUUGGCACUCAUGGAAUUUGGUAUGGUGCAAAUGAUGUUUAAUUACAGGUUACUGUUUCAGUCCCAACACAGCUUUGAUAGUAAUAAAACAAUU